GCGCCUAGUUUCCCGGUCUCUCUGCGCCAGGGUCUCUGGGCCGUCCCCUGAGAGCGCCCAGGGGCGGCAGAGCCCCUGAGAGCUCGGCUCUCUGACAGAUUUCCUUCAGUAAGAGGUGACUCCUGAAGCUCUGCAAAACGAGUGUGGUGUGUGAUUGCAAGGCGUGAUGGCUGCAAAAGUGGUUCCAAUGCCCCUAAAGCCAAAGCAGUCCUUUAUACUGAGAGUUCCUCCGGACUCCAAGCUGGGCCAAGACCUACUUCGAGAUGCUACUAGUGGGCCCAAGACCAUCCACCAGCUGGUUCUGGAGCACUUCCUCACCUUCUUGCCCAAGCCAAGCCUGGUCCAGCCCAAUCAGAAAGUCAAGGAGACCUUGGUUAUUAUGAAGGAUGUGAGCUCAAACUUUCAGAACAGACUGCAACCUCAUCCCAUGGUGAAGCUUCUGCCCAGAGAAGGAAUCCAGCAGAAACAGGACCCAGUGUCUCUGUAUUUGAAAACUGAGCCUGAGGAACUGGUGGUCCUUGAGGACUUGAAUAUAUUUCAUUCCCAAGAAGAAUGUGUGAGCCUGGAUGCUACUCAACAGCCCACCUCAGAGAAGGAAGACAAUGUUGGGGAGAUGAUGUUACUGGUUAAUGACGUUAAUCCUGAGAGUGAAGAUCUUCAGAAGGAAACUGUAGAGAGUGAAGAUCAUAGAGAAGGGACUUCAGAUUGUGAUGAAGCAGAUUUUUCUGUGAUCUCUGAGGAAUCACCAGAUUGCCAUAAAGAAAGACUAAAUACAUCUAUUCCCAAGCAAAGGAAAAUGAGAAAUCUUCUAGUUACCAUUGAAAAUGAUACUCCACUAGAAGAACUCUCAAAAUAUGUGGAUAUCAAUGUGAUUGCACUUAGCCGAAAUCGGAGAACAAGAAGAUGGUAUACUUGUCCGCUGUGCGGGAAACAGUUUAAUGAAAGUUCUUACCUUAUUUCCCACCAGAGGACUCACACUGGAGAAAAACCCUAUGACUGUAGUCACUGUGGGAAAAGCUUCAAUCAUAAAACAAACCUUAAUAAACAUGAGCGAAUCCAUACAGGAGAGAAACCUUAUUCAUGUUCUCAGUGUGGGAAAAACUUUCGUCAAAACUCUCAUCGGAGUCGCCAUGAAGGAAUCCAUAUAAGGGAGAAGAUAUUUAAGUGUCCAGAAUGUGGGAAAACCUUCCCAGAGAACAAAGAAUUUGUGCUUCAUCUGCAGAGUCAUGAGGCUGAAAGGCCAUAUAGUUGCAAAAAAUGUGGGAGAAGAUUUGGUCGGCUGUCCAACUGUACCCGGCAUGAAAAAACCCACUCAGCAUGUAAGACCCGAAAGCAGAAAUGGGAUCAAGAAAGGUCUGAUGAUCCUGCCUCAACCUGAAAUGUUUCAUAAGGAAUUCUGAAUUCCCAGGCUGUUUGAAAGUAUACAGAUCUGUGAAAACCUCAUUAUAGCCAAAAUUGGGUAAAUACCCAUCU